AUGCAGCUUCGUGGAUCGAAAUUCGUCAAGUUCCAAGAACUUCGAAUCCAAGAGCUCAGCGAGCAAGUGCCAAUCGGAUCUAUUCCACGAACAAUGACCGUCUAUGUUUACGGAGAGAUGACUAGACGGUGCAACACUGGAAAUGUUGUGCAAGUGUCCGGCGUUUUCUUGCCAAUUAUGCAAACUGGAUUCCGACCAACUGGUGGAUUAGUUGCUGAUACCUAUUUGGAAGCUCAUUUCAUCCAUAAUCUCGACGACAACCCAACAUACAAUGGAGUUCAGUCUGAGGAACUUGAAGUUCUUCGCCGCAAGGGAGACAAUUACGAGGCUCUGGCUGCUUCUAUCGCUCCAGAAAUCUUUGGACACGUGGAUGUCAAGAAGUGUCUUCUUAUGGCUCUUGUCGGAGGAAAUGACAACACUUCCAAUGGAAUGAAGAUUCGUGGAUGCAUCAAUGUUUUGAUGAUGGGAGAUCCAGGAGUAGCCAAAUCUCAACUUCUCGGAUACGUUAACCGUCUUGCCCCACGUUCGCAAUACACCACUGGUCGUGGAUCUUCUGGAGUCGGUUUGACUGCUGCUGUUAUGAAGGAUCCAGUUACUGGAGAAAUGUCUCUUGAAGGAGGUGCUUUGGUGUUGGCGGAUGGUGGAAUCUGCUGUAUCGAUGAGUUUGAUAAGAUGAUGGAUAACGACAGAACUGCUAUUCAUGAGGUUAUGGAGCAGCAAACCAUCUCUAUUGCCAAGGCUGGUAUCAUGACCACUUUGAAUGCACGUACUGCUAUCAUCGCCGCCGCUAACCCAGCUUAUGGAAGAUAUAAUCCGAACCGCUCUAUUGAACAGAAUGUUGAUCUCCCAGCUGCACUUCUCUCUCGUUUUGAUCUGAUCCUACUCAUGCAAGACAAGGCAGACCGUGAAAAUGAUAAGACUCUUGCUGAGCACAUUACCUACGUCCAUCAACAUGGAUGUCAUCCGAAUCGUGAGAAGAAGGAUUUGAUCUCACUUGAAACACUCCGAGAGUACAUUUCACUCUGCAAGACCUACACUCCAACUGUCGAUCCUGCUCUUCGUGAGCGUAUUGUGGAAGCCUACGUCGAAAUGCGUAGAGAUGCUCGUUACUCAUCAGAUCCAACAUUCGUGUCACCAAGAAUGAUUCUUGGAAUCGUCAGAAUGGCCACAGCUCGGGCCAAGCUUCGUCUCUCAAAGAUUGUCGAUGAGAGUGAUGUUGAAGAGGCUCUCCGCUUGAUGCAAUUUGCCAAGGAUUCUCUCAGACCAGAGCAGACCAGAAUCGAAAAGCGUAUGGCUCCAGUCGAUGCCGCUUUCUCCGUUCUUCGUGAGAUCUAUCACUCGAACAACGAGCCAAUCGCUUUGUCGAACGCUAUUCAACGGUGCGCUCGUAAGGGAAUCAGCGAGGUUGCUCUUCAGAAGUGUCUCGAUCAGUACACUGCCAAUGGAGUUCUGGUUAUGGAUCGCCAGAACAUCGUUUUUGCUAUGAAUUGA